AUGCUCACCCCCGGGGCAUGCCACAUCUAUCAACAGGCACUCAUGAAAACAUUUUACGAUCUAUGUCAUGGUGUCUUGAUUGCAAUUGUUUUCUUUCUUUCUUUUUUAUUCUUUCGUCUUGAAAAUCUUUUUCUCCCCUUUUUUUUUUUCCUUUUUUUUCUUAUUCUUUCUUGCUUGGAAUCGUUCUUUCUUUCUUUUGCUCUUUCUUUCUUUCCUUUUUAUUCUUUCUUGCUUGCAAUUGGUUUCUUCCUUCUUUUUUCUUUCUUUCUUAUUUUUUCUUGCUUGGAAUCGUUCUUUCUUUCUUUCUUUUGCUCUUUCUUUCUUUCUUUCUUUCUUUCUUUCUUUCUUUCUUUCUUUCUUUCUAUCCAGAUUUCAUUGUUUCUUUCCUUCUCUUUUAUUUUUACAAUUUCUUUCAUUCUUUCUUUCUAUUUUUUAAUUCUUUCUUUCACUCCACAUUUGUUUGAUUCUUCCCCACCCAUAAUUUUAACCAUUUCUUUUUUUCUUUCUUUCUUUCUUUCUUUCUUUCUUCUUUCUUUCUUUCUUUCUAUCCAGAUUUCAUUGUUUCUUUCUUUCUUUCUUUCUUUCUUUCUUUCUUUCUUUCUUUCUUUGAUCCACUUCUUUCUUUCUUUCUUUCUUUCUUUCUUUCUUUCUUUCUUUCUUUCUUUCUAUCCAGAUUUCAUUGUUUCUUUCUUUCUUUUUAAUUAUAACAAUUUCUUUCAUUCUUUCUUUCUAUUUUUAAUUCUUUCUUUCACCCCACAUUUGUUUGUUUCUUCCCCACAAAAUUUUAACCAUUUCUUUCUUUCUUUCUUUCUUUCUUUCUUUCUUUCUUUUUUCCUUUAUUUAUUUAUUUUUUCUUUCUUUUUUUUCCUUUCUUUAUUUCUUCCCACAUUUGUUUGUGUCUUUCUUUUCCUUUAA